AAACAAUCAACAGUGCACCACUUGACCUUGAUGGUGUUUGCAACAUUUAUUACACACCAAAAUUCAUUGGCAGUUUGGCCAAAUACUUCCUCCCACAUGCCAUUCAGUGGUCUGGAAUGAUGUUAGGUAGGUUUAAGUCAAGUUAAUAAGUUAAAUUUAUUUAAGAGAACAAUUUAUUAAGCAAUGCAUCAAUACAAUAUUUGUGUCCGGUUCUUUUACAAUGUUCUAAUUGGUGAUAGUGUCACACAACUCUGACAGAAGUUGAAUGAUGUCAAGGCUGCAGUGUGAUGGUUAUCAAGACACACUGUGCAGAAAUGCGUAACUGUUGUAAAAUUAACUUUUUUGUUCCAAGGACAUUUUGACUUGCAUCAGCCACAUAUGUAUGUCAAACGUGCCAGCAUCAGGGACCCCUGAAUUGAAGGACCUCCUUAGGAGUGGACAUUGGCCAGCCUCUGUGACUAAUUCCACACUUUUUACACUGGACCUCCUGAGCUGUUUUCAGGAACUCAAGGUAAUCUCUCCGGGAUUCUCCCGACAAGCCUUCGCAAAGCUGCUGGAGCAUCGCACUAAGAUUGGCGGAAGAACUGGACAAAUCAAUGGUGAUGCACUACAGCGCAGCUUCUUGGAGUUUUCAUGUGCUUCAUUUGAGGAAGAGCAGCUCUGCUGUGGUGCUCCUUUCACCUGCCCAGCCUGUACCCCAGAAAUGUUGGCUGUUUCAGUCGAUGGAAACAGAAAGCUGUAUCGCUUUCGCAGAGACACAAGCUCUGAUGAUCCUGCUUUUUUUGAGGGGCUCUUUGUGGCUGAAGACAGUGCGGUGUCUAGAUUUGUAGACACCAUACAUAAAGCAGUGAGAAAUACACAGGGAAAAGGCACAUGUGGGGACUCCCAGUGGACAGCAGCACGGGAGACAUCGAGGAGGGCUUCCAAAUUGGAUGAAGAGGGGAUGGAGGUUGUUGUGUGUUGCCACGGAUUCCUUCUGAAAGCCCUUAAUAUGUACAGAGGGGAGAUAUUUGCCUACCCUCUGUAUCUUCAGAAGGAGCUCAUGCCAGCCAAAGCGCAGUUCUUUGCAAUGGAUGUGGCUUGCAAAUAUUGGCCAUACUUGGAGAAAGCUGCUGGUGUCAUUCCUGCUCUUCAGGAGCUGACCACAAUGAAACCUUGUGUGAUGCAUGCUCGAGCCCAUGCUACUAAGUGUGAAAUUGUAAAGCCCUUUAAGGAGAAUUGUACCCAUGUAAUGGUAGAGUGGAGCGGUAGGAACCAGGAAGGAGCAGGGACAGCCGCCGGUGAGGAGGAAGAGCAAGUGAACAGCUACCUCUCACGUUGUGCCCUGACAACCAAAUUUAUGUCCAAAGCAGGUAAUCAGAUUGUUUGCAAUAUUCUUGCAUAUUUUUUAGAUUAA